UUUUGACGCUCCUCCUAACGGUGCCCGGCGACGGAGCGAAGUUAGGUGCAGAAGUGGAAAAAAAAAAAAACAAACGCGACUGAUACCGCGCGGCAAUACGGGUUGGGCGUGUGAUAACGUUAACCGCUGGACUAGGGUGGGCGGAUCCAAGGAGGUUGGGUCCGGUCACGGGUCUGGGGUCCAAAAAGGGCCCAGGAAAAUUCAGCAGUGCCCUGGAGCGUUCGAAUUUCGAUUCGAACCCGGUGCAUAGCGCACCGGGACGGGCGGAAUGCUGCCAACGGAUUUCUCAGCCGACUCGCACACGUCCGGCCGUCCCGUUCCAAGGACACUGUAUACCCGCUACGUAGAUUAUCCUCGUACAUUUCACCCGACUUUUCCUCCUGUCACUACUUGCGUAAAAGGCGGAUGUGUUGUGAGCAUUUUCCGAUUCCGGCCAACAGUCGCCGCCGAGUAUAUUUGCGAACACGAUAUAUUGCGUCAAACCGGACGCCGUGCACCCGUGCAACGUUCACUCCGCUCGUUGUCGUCAUCGUCUCAUUGCCGUGACUCACGUCCCGCGCUCCACAACACUGAUACAUAACAGUAGUAUUUACACGCACUGUUAUUGUUGUAGUUGCUUCGAUUCCGCGCGCGAUUUAGGGUCAAUGGUAUUGAACAACUGUAUCGCCACGGUACGUAUCAGUUAGUCCAGCAUUGGUUGACACGGUUUUAAAUGUUGCAAGCCGAGAGGAUGCCUGAUCUGGUGGAAGUGAUGAGGAUGGGCAAGGACCAUCGUCUCAAGCAGCGGCAGUUGCCGCUUCAGGUCGAUGAGAACUUGACGUUGGUCAUGGAUCUGAGCAAUGAAGAUUUGGUACAAGAAGUUAAGCAAAUACCACCUUUAAAAGUUCAGUCUUUGGAUAGUUUUGUGAAAAAAUAUCGCAUGCUAAACAAACGUGAACUACAAGAUAUCUUGAAAGUAUCCAUUAAAGAAAUUUUGGAUAUAAUGAGUGAAAGUAUUGACUGUGUUGGAUGUCGUAGAAGCGCUGAAAAACUAUUUCUUGAAAUGGCUAAACUUGGUCAAAAUGCAUUGUUCCCUCUUGUAGUAGUUAAUAAUUUCUAUAUUUCUAUAAGAAAUGAAUUUUUUGAGGAAGAAAGAUGCAUGUAUAAUCUACUUCAAAACACCAAUGGGAAUCGCUUAUCUUCAAUAGCAUCUAGUCGUCGGCAAUCAAAAAAAAGUAGAAGAUGUGUUUAUCAUUCCCUUGAGUCACAAAGGCUUGUCCGACCAAUGGCAAGUGGUUGGCAAGAUAUAUGGAAACAUAUGACUGAACCGUGCAAAGAUGAAAUAGUACUAAUAGAAGCUAGUAGUUUAUUAAGUACUCUGGAUAAUUAUCUUAGAAAACAUAGAUUUUGUGGUGAUUGUCGCACUAAAGUAAUGAAAGCAUAUGCAUUGCUUAUCGAAGAAGAAGAUCCGUCCAAAGAAAAGGGUUAUGUAGAAGAACUUUAUUCUGGUAUUAAAAGAUGUGUUGGAGACAAACAUGUGCAUUUAGAUACGGAUAUAAAUUAUAUUGGUGCAUUAAUCAGUCGUGCUGAACCAGAACUAAUGGGAAAUAUUAGUCGUAGGGAACGACAUGCUAAAACUAUCGAGAUUGCUCAAGAAGAGGUUUUAACUUGUCUGGGUAUUUGUGUAUAUGAACGAUUGCACAGAAUACAAUUGAGAAUCCGAGAAGAACAAUAUACUUGCCAAGUUCUGGCAGCAGCAGCUAUAGAUGGUCUUGCCAGAAGAUUUGAAACUGCCAUUGAAAUAAAACAAGGUUUCACUAAAUUAGAUCAGUUUUACAAUGAAUUUUCUAAAAAAGAAAAAAAGACACAAAAGAGAAAACGGAUUAGAAAACAAAAAAGAUUACAGAGAAAAGAAAUUAAACCAGAUGAUUCAGAAUUGAAACCUUGUUGUGAUAUGAACCUAGACGAAGAAUGUUCUUGCGACAUAGACGAAGAAAUUGAUUUUGGUGAAGAUGAUAUUGAUUUUGUUGAUGAUGUAGAUGAUGAUGAUGAUGAUGAUGGCGUACAAUCAAAUGAAAGGGAAGAUUCUGAUGAAACUUGUGAACAUAUUGAUGACUGUAUGUGUGAAAAUAUAAAGUUGAUAGAAAGAGUAAGAAAGCAACUUAAAUUAUCUGGUGACAGAAAAAAAAGUAUUUCUACUCCUAUCAUAUCAUGCAGCUGUGUUGAAUGUAGUUCUAAUGGGUCCAGAAAAUCUAAAAAGAAAAAAGGUGGAGAUAAAGAAAAACAUAAUAAAAAAAAGCAGACUAAAAACAGUCGAAAAAACACAAAAAAAGUUAAAAAGUCUCAGGUUCAAUUACCAAGUAAACAAAAAGAAAAUAUUUAUGAUUUGAAUGAGGAUGAAGAUGAUGACAUUGAAGAUGAAAUAGUUGACCAUCAAUCUGUCGAUGAACAUCAUUCAGAAGAAGGUGGUGAUUGUAAAUCAAUUGUUAUUAAUCAUGAUUUACUACCUGGUAGCUGUGAUUCAUGUCCAUCAUUAUGUGAUCAUUCACAAGAUUAUGGUUACGCAUCAGCAGAAAACAACAACCAUAGUUACAGUACCAGCUCACCUGAUGGUUCAGAUGUAGCAUGUUCUGAAGGGUUUUGCAAUCAUCCAGGAGGAGACAGUCAGUUGUUAAAGAUGAAAUGUUAUUCAAGCACAGGAACAGUAUCCUGCAAACCAUUGCCACUUCAUCAGUUAUUAAUAGAAGAACUGGAGAAGAAUGCAAUUAUUGUAGAUGAUACCGUCAUACCAUCAGAGGAAGUGGAAAUGUACAAAGUCUGUGCUAGGUUGGUGAAUGAGAAACGUCUAAAACUUAGAGAGAUGCUGAAGAGUGGUUUUGCUAAUUUAAAAGACCUUCAAAUCUUGUGAGUCAUGUUGGAGUGUUAUUCUCACUUCCCUUAUUCCAAACAUUUUUAAGAAAACCGUUAUAGUUAAUUUUUUCAUUAUACUUAUAUAAUAUAGAACA